AUGGAUGAUUCCUUCGACACCUGGGAGAAUGCCGCGUGCGAUGGCAGCUAUACUGGGAGCGGUGAACCAUACCGUGGCGCAAACGACGACUCCGCAACACACAGAGCCGCCUACGGCGGCGACAUGGCUCGACGUGCUCUGUCAAUCACUGGCCUGGACGACGUGGACAUGAAGAGCUCCUGGCACUUUACGCCGCUCGAGCUCGCCAUUCGAGGCCAUCAGCCAGAAGCAGACACAUCCGUCGUAGAUGCAUUCCUGGCAGCUGGUGCAGAUGUGACAGCGCGAGACACGGAUCUCAACACCCCUCUCCACCUCGCAGCACACGCUUCAUUUGGGGAGGCUUUGCUUGCCCGAGGUGCGGACCUCGAAGCGUUGAAUGCCGGGGGUCGGACUCCUCUGCUCACUGCAUGCUCGAACGAUCGACUGGAUCUGGCACGGUUCCUCAUUGCCCGUGGUGCAGACGUGGGCUCGAUCAUACAGGACGAACAUUGGCUGUCGCUCAUGUAUACCACAAGGCAUCCCAACUGGACCUCGUUACCUUCCAUUGCAUAUGACGAAUGGUCUCCUGCUCGCAUCCAGCUAUCGAGAUUUCUUCUGCUACAUGGCGCAGACGUGCAAGCCGCAGACAAGUCUGGUUUCACCGUUCUCCACAUGGCUGCUCGGUGUGGUCAAUCCGAGGUGGUGAGCUGCCCGAUCGAUCAGGGUGCAGAGGUGCGCGCAAGAAGCAAGGCAGGCCAUACUGCCUUGCACGCUGCAUGCUCCUGGACAGGUGCUUUCCUACAUUGGUCUCAGUACUGUGGAGGCUGUUCGUCGGUGUCCUUUGACGGUGUUCAGAUCCUGCUUGACAGAGGUGCAGAUCCAAACGCCCAGGACGAGGCUGGAGUCACUCCCCUGCACGGCAUCAUGUGCCAGCACAUUAACAGCUCUGAAUACUGGCAUCCCAGUGUGCUCAAUCUGCUUCUAGAAAGGGGCGCAAGUCUGGACGUAAAAGCUCAUGGCGACGACAGGACGAUCAGAUCCUACAUUGCCGAGAGCAAAUGGAGAUUCAACGCGAUUGGACUGCUCGAGAAGAUACCGGCCAAGCUUGCACACGUUCGUUCGCAUCUCAGCAUGCGAGGCCAGGGCGGCGGUCGUGGCAGGGGCGGCAGUUGCUGCGUCCGAGCUAGAAGCAGAGGAUGCGGCCGUCCGUACAUCAACACGUGGACGUAG